CUCGCGGUCUUUAUCCGAUAUUCGCAGUCUAAUCAAAAUCAUGGCGGAGCAGGAGAGCUUGGAAUAUGGCAAAGGAGAUUUUGUCCUUCUGGACGAAGUCACGAAGCCAGCUUUUAUGGAAAAUCUCCAGGUUCGCUUUACUAAAGAGAAAAUUUAUACUUUCAUUGGUGAAGUGGUUGUAUCGGUGAACCCUUACAAGACCCUAGAUAUAUAUGGUCCGGAUUAUGUGAAGGAAUAUCAAAAAARCGAGAUUUAUGAAAACCCACCGCACAUAUUUGCCUUGGCAAACGCUGCCUACAGAACGAUGAAGAGGAACUCACAAGAUAGCUGUAUUAUUAUAUCUGGGGAGAGCGGUUCAGGAAAAACAGAGGCAUCUAAGAUUAUCAUGAACUUUAUUGCUGCAAUAACUAAUGUAUCAAAACAGAAAGAAAUUGAAAGAGUCAAAGAUGUUCUCCUCAAGUCGAAUGUUAUUCUUGAAAGCUUCGGCAACGCCAGGACAAACCGUAAUGACAAUUCAAGUCGCUUUGGUAAAUACAUGGAUAUAGACUUUGACUUCAAGGGAGACCCUAUUGGUGGCCAUAUCUUUAACUAUCUCCUUGAAAAGUCCAGAGUAACAAAACAACAAGAAGGAGAAAGAAAUUUCCAUUCAUUCUAUCAGCUUUUAGAUGGUUCUCCUGAAUCAGCGUUAACAGAAUAUUGCCUUGAUAAAGAUCCAAUGCAAUAUUACUACACCAAACAAGGAAAACUGCCAAAGCUUUCUUCAAUGAACGACGCCAAGCAAUACAAAAUCAACAGUGAUGCCAUGAAAGCGGUUGGAUUUUCACCAGAAGAACAAAAAACAAUAUGGAAACUUCUCGCUGCUAUUCUACACUUGGGGAAUCUUGAAUUUGACAUGGAAGAAGACGAUUCAGUUGUCAUUGUCAACAGAGAGAAGGUGAGAAUCAUUGCUAGUCUACUCGGGACAAAGCCAUCAGCCGUGGAAAAGAGCCUUUGCUACAGAGUAGUGGCUGCYAAGGGUGAAGUUAUGGAAAAAGCUCACAAUAAAGAAGAAGUUGUUCAUGGACGGGAUGCCCUUGCAAAGGCAAUUUAUGAUCGUUUGUUCACGUGGAUUGUUGGUCGCAUUAAUGACAUCAUUGAGAUUCGCAACAAGCGYGAACAUGGCAAGUGCACGGUUAUCGGCGUCUUGGAUAUCUAUGGCUUCGAGAUCUUCGGUACUAACAGUUUUGAACAGCUCAACAUCAACUAUUGUAACGAAAAACUGCAGCAGCUAUUUAUCGAGCUCGUGCUGAAGGAAGAGCAGGAGGAAUAUCGAAGGGAAGGAAUAGAAUGGGAAGAGGUUGAGUAUUUUAACAACAAGAUCAUCUGUGAUUUAAUUGAACAAAACCAUCAUGGUAUCAUUGCUAUUAUGGACGAAGGAUGCCUCAACAUUGGCAAAGUCACCGAUGAGAUGCUGCUACAAACAAUGGACCAAAAGCUUGGUAAACACCACCACUACAAAAGCAGACUUACCAACCCUUCCGACAAAAGUAUGGAGUUCCAUCGAGACUUUGCUAUCAAACACUUUGCUGGGGAUGUGAUUUACUCUGUAGAGGGAUUUUUGGAGAAGAAUAAAGACACGUUGUAUCAAGACUUCAAACGUCUGCUGUACAACAGCUCACAUAAGACGCUUACAGAAAUGUGGCCCGAAGGCCAAGAAGACAUCACAGUUGUAACUCAACGACCCCAAACAGCGGGAACUUUGUUCAAAAACUCAAUGCUGGCCCUAGUAGAAAAACUGAAAUCAAAGAGACCUUUCUAUGUUCGCUGCAUCAAACCGAACGACAUCAAAUCCCCUGCUGUUCUUGACGACGACAUUGUUGAGAGGCAGGUGGAUUAUCUUGGUUUACUGGAAAACGUCCGCGUUCGACGUGCGGGAUAUGCAUUUAGGACACCGUACAGUCGAUUCCUUGCUAGAUACAAAGUUAAUACCAUGGAGACAUGGCCAAACUACAAUGGCUCAGACAGGGAUGGAGUCCAGGCCAUCAUCGAUGAAAUGGGAUUCUCUGAUGAUGUCAAAUAYGGCAAGACCAAGAUCUUCAUCAGAAGUCCUCAGACCAUCUUUGCCUUAGAGAAACAGAGAGCUGAGAAAAUCCCUCCAUUGGUGCUUUUCCUUCAAAGGUGCUGGCGCGGUGGCUUGGCACGUGRUAGGGUACGAAAGAUGCGAUCUAUGUAUAAGAUUAUGAACUGCUUCCGGGCCCACCGACAACGUACUUACAUAAAAGAGUUGGGUAUCAGAUACAGGGAUUGCAAAGACAGAAACGAUUUUGGAAGAAGCCUCGAAUGGAUUGUUGCACCUUCAGUUGUCGGCAAGUUCGGAGAGUACGCUAAGAAUGUCUACGAAAGGUGGUGGGCGUACAAACUAAUCUCUAAGAUACCAGAAGACCAAAUGAAAGAAAUGAGGCUGAAAUGCAUUGCCUAUGAAUGCUUGCAGAAGCAGCGUAAAUCCUGGGGACUACGUUCAACAUGGGUGGGUGACUAUCUGUCAAAGUCCGAUGAAGACAGUAAUGUUGACUUGUAUCACAAAGUCCUUCCGACCCAGAAAACAGUCGUUCAUUUCUCAUCUUUUGCAAAGAAGGUAAACAAGCACAACAAGUUUGCGAACAGAAUUAUUGCCUUAACAGAUGAUUACAUCAUCAAGAUGGACGCCAGCUCAAAAUACAAAGUGAUGAGGAAAAUCCCACUAAACAGGAUCACAGGAUUGGCUAUUUCUCCUUACAAAGAUCAACUGAUCAUCGUCAAAUUACCCGAUGGUGACCUCGUAGUAUGUCUACACAGCAAAAAGAAGGCAAACCGAGUUGUUGAAUUGAUGGCCAACAUUUACCUCCAGGCAUUCAAAUUAACCGGCAAACAUCUUCCCAUCACAAUAUCAGAUGAGCUCACUUGUACUCUGGGCAAAGCAAACAAAACMGUUUCUGUACAAAGUGCRCCUAAAGACUCAAAGGCACAAUUCAGAACAAAUGGAAAAGACGGAUUAGUGUUAGUAUGGCCAAAGUCAGGCAGCAAAAGUACGAAGAACUCAAAGAAGAACAAAUAGAAGCAAAAAAAACCCAUCUCAUUUAGCCUAGCCAUUAAUCAGUUUGCCUUCGCGRCAAAGUAGACAUAAAAAGCUAAGUGUAACCUGCGUACGUAAUUUCCGCAAUCCGCAAUUGGUGCUUUCAAGAUUCAUAAUGGAUUCAAGUAAAAAACACUUGAUUUUAUUCUAGAGAUCAAAUGCGCAUUACGUCGGUUUGYACAUUUUUUUCUAGCCAAGCCUACGUCAUUAAAAACUUUAAUCUGUGUUGAAGUAAAGCGGAUUGCGAAGUCUUCUUCGCAACAGUUAUUGGUUUUGGUCCCAGGUCCUCACCGUGAGGGCUCAGUUCCAGAUCCUCGCCUGUAACGGCUGUGUUGAGUGGUGACGGCUUGAGACCGACACUAGUAACGAUUUUGAAGUAUACUAUGCCAAAUCAAUUGUAAGAGCUACCUAUGUUUAUAUAUCGUCCGCCCGUCAUCCAUUCAAAGCCUGUCUUUUUAGUAAUGGAGACUGAAGUUUAACGGUGACAUUAAUUAAACUCCUUCAGAAUCAUACCAUUACUAUAUAGUAUCUUAGCUUGAUGGCACAAUCACUUAACGAAGACCGAUCACCUUUUGAAAAAAACUCCAUCAAUGUAGCUGAUGAUUUAGUCUUCAUUACUAAUGAAAGAGUUUUUUGAGGGARCAUGGCGGAUGGUGCUUCACUAUGACAGAAAUCUCAAACGUUUCGAAUUCUUCCCGCAUUUAUUUUCAAAUUUCUCGCCAAUGUCAYAUGGACUACUCGCCACACCUCACCGCGGAGAUUUAMAUAAAUUUAAGAAUAAUAAUUUUAGUGAAAUUAUUUAUAAAACUAGUUUGUAAUAAUAAUGCACAUAACUAUCAGUCAUAGAAGGUUUUGGAUGGUUAAARUCGAGUUUUCCCGCUGCUUGGUAGAGAAACUCACCUAUACGCUUUAGUACUCUGACAUCCCGCCAUCUUGAAAAAAAGUACGCUUUGCAUGUCGGGAAGAGUUCGAUAGUCAGUUAUUAAACAUUUGAUCAUAUCUCGAACAGAAAGUUAAUCAGAAAAGAUUCGAUGAUCUACCUAAACAAAGCAUGUGAAAACGGUGCUUUAUACAAAUCCUUCAUUAUUUUUGUAUUUCAUACACAUUUUUGAUAAAAUAAAAUAUAAAUAUGAACACUCA